AGCGCGCGCGCACUCACCCGCGCUCACACACACACACACACACACACACACACACGCACACACACACACCAGCAUCCCGGAGGGUAUUUAAGGCUCGCACGCGCGAGGCUGCGGAGAUACUUCGGGCAGCCGCGACUUCGGCUCCUUGGGUUAUUUCGUUUUCCUCUCCUCUCCCCCUUCGCCGUCUCUUUUGCGCUGCGCUCUCGCGGUCUCUCUCAGCCUUUCUUGCCUGGACCUGAGUCUAGGUGGCAAACAGGUCGGCGUGCGGAAAAACACUGAAUAGGCAGAAAUAGGGCAAACUAACAGACGCAACAGGUCGGGUGCUCGGUGGCGGGGGCGAGCGGCGGCCCCCGCUGCUCCUGUCGCGCUGUCCCUGGGGCCCGGGGCGCCUUUCUCGGGGACCCCUUCCGCGGUGUCCGUCCCCUGAGGGGCCAGGAGGGCCAUCGGGUGGGCUUCACUCCGGUUUUUAUCUUUUUUUUUGUUUUUGUUUUUUUUUUUUUUUGCCACCAGUCCUCGGACUGAGGGUGCUUUUCACUCCCAGCCCGGGAGAGAGAAGGAAGCGGAGAGAGGAUGGUCCACGUCUGCUGGUCUCGGCGCUGAGAGCGGAGCCCCAUCUCCGCGCCCCGGCUCGGUCGCCGCCAACUAGUUGUGCAGCCACCCAGACUGAACUUUGGAGGAAUCGUCCUUUUUCUUUCCUUUCAAGAUUCUUGGAAGUGGUAGAGAGUGGCAGGCGAAGCCGAGGCAGCUGAUCCCUCCACGAUGCUGGUGAAGAAGCAUGCAGGGAAGGGUGGAGGUCGGGAGCCAGGCUCCGAGAACCCGAGACCCGCCGGGCAGCGUUGUGCCUGGCCCGUGCCCCCGUGCACCGCCCUGGCGGCCCUUCUGUCAGUGGUGGCCGUGAUGUCUUGUCUGUACCUGGGGGUGAAAACCAACCACCUCCAGGCGAGGAUCGCUGCUCUCGAAUCCGCAAAAGGGGACACUUCCGUCCAUCUGCUUCCCGAUUGCCUGGAUCAGCUCAAAGCAAUGGUGCAAGAGAAAGUGGAGCGACUUCUGGCUCAGAAAUCCUAUGAACAUAUGGCUAAAAUAAGAAUUGCCAGAGAAGCACCUUCAGAGUGCAACUGCCCAGCAGGCCCUCCGGGGAAACGAGGUAAGAGGGGCCGAAGAGGAGAAUCUGGUCCUCCUGGUCAACCUGGUCCUCAGGGCCCUCCUGGUCCAAAAGGUGAUAAGGGAGAACAAGGUGAUCAGGGACCUCGGAUGGUGUUUCCUAAAAUCAAUCAUGGGUUUCUCUCUGCUGAUCAGCAGCUCAUUAAACGCCGCCUCAUUAAGGGUGACCAAGGACAGGCUGGGCCUCCAGGACCUCCAGGCCCCCCUGGCCCAAGAGGGCCUCCAGGGGACACAGGGAAAGAUGGCCCCCGUGGAAUGCCAGGAGUGCCUGGUGAACCAGGGAAACCAGGAGAACAAGGCUUGAUGGGUCCUCUGGGGCCUCCGGGACAAAAGGGUUCUGUUGGAGUACCUGGAAUUCCAGGAGUGAAUGGUCAAAAGGGUGAGCCCGGGUUGCCUGGAACAGUAGGACAAAACGGAAUACCAGGGCCAAAGGGAGAACCUGGAGAUCAAGGUGAAAAGGGAGAUCCUGGAGAGAACGGUCCCAAAGGUGACACAGGCGAAAAGGGUGACCCUGGAUCAUCUGCUGCAGGAAUUAAGGGGGAACCUGGAGAAUCUGGUCGUCCAGGACAAAAGGGUGAAUCAGGGCUUCCUGGGCUUCCUGGACUUCCGGGGAUAAAGGGAGAACCAGGUUUCAUUGGUCCUCAAGGAGAACCAGGCUUACCAGGGUUACCAGGCACAAAGGGUGAACGUGGAGAGGCAGGACCUCCUGGAAGAGGUGAACGAGGAGAGCCUGGAGCCCCUGGACCAAAGGGAAAACAAGGUGAAUCAGGAACUAGAGGGCCAAAGGGGUCAAAGGGUGAUCGUGGAGAGAAAGGGGACUCUGGAGCCCUGGGACCAAGGGGUCCACCUGGUCAAAAGGGAGAUCAGGGAGCCACCGAGAUCAUAGACUACAAUGGCAACCUCCACGAAGCCUUGCAGAGGAUUACCACCUUAACUGUCACGGGUCCCCCUGGACCACCUGGACCUCAAGGACUACAAGGGCCAAAGGGAGAGCCAGGAUCUCCAGGAAUCCCAGGAGUUGAUGGAGAGCAGGGACUUAAAGGCUCAAAAGGAGAUAUGGGGGACCCAGGCAUGCCAGGUGAAAAAGGAGGAAUCGGACUUCCUGGAUUACCGGGUGCCAAUGGAAUGAAAGGAGAAAAAGGAGACUCCGGGUUGCCAGGUCCUCAGGGUCCUUCUAUCAUAGGCCCACCAGGCCCACCAGGCCCCCAUGGCCCACCAGGCCCCAUGGGACCCCAUGGACUUCCUGGACCAAAGGGUGAACCAGGGUUAAAUGGUGUUAAAGGAUUGAAGGGUGAACCAGGUCAAAAGGGUGACAGAGGACCCCUUGGUCUUCCAGGAGCGUCUGGCUUAGAUGGAAAGCCAGGAUCCCGGGGUACAGAUGGCCCUAUGGGACCCCCUGGCCCUGCAGGUCCCAAAGGAGAAAGAGGUGAAAAAGGAGUCAUGGGAGAGCCUGGACCCAGAGGACCCUAUGGUCUGCCUGGGAAAGAUGGAGAGCCUGGUCUUGAUGGCUUCCCUGGUCCACGAGGCGAGAAGGGUGAUGUAGGAGAAAAGGGAGAAAAGGGAUUCCGUGGCGUUAAGGGGGAAAAAGGGGAGCCAGGCCAGCCUGGCCUGGAUGGGCUGGAUGCCCCUUGCCAAUUGGGGCCAGAUGGAUUACCCAUGCCUGGCUGUUGGCAAAAGUGAUGAAUCUAACCUCCUGAGCAUGAAGUUGUAUAUAUAAUGGUCCACUUUUUAUAUUUAUAGUUGAAAAUCGAAUUGCAGAUUUUACAAGUCUGAGAUAUGUUUACAUAUAGCUGCUUCUUCCUGUUUGCUGUAGUACACAUGUCCAUCUUUACUCCACUUACAUCUGAAAUUGGACAAUAUGUGAAACCAGUGAGAAGCCUGCAAAAAAUAUAGAUCAGUAUCUCUUUAUCUUAUGUGAAGAUAUGUAUUUAAAUGGACACUUCAGUGAUACAGAAUGAUUGUUCUUGCUCUUUUCUUACUUUGGGCUUGUUAAUUGCAUGGACAAAAAAAUGCCAUGAAAUAGUUUACAUGAAAUUGUGACCAAAUAUGGACUCAAAAUUAUGGAAAUGUACUAUACUAACUGAUUUUAGAGUUUAUCGUCUCAUCCCUACUCACUUUCACUGUAGCAUUGAUUCGUGCCCACACCACACAUUGGAACUGACUAAAAAAGCAUGACCGUGUGCCAACCUGCUUGUUGUUCGAUGCUAGCAUGCCGCUUAAUGAGUCCUUUGAUCACAUCUGAGCUUUUAUUUCUUUUGUCAUCUCAAGGGGGUUACACCAUGGCUUAUUGCCAAAAAGAGAUAAGGUGGCGAAGAGCACACACACAAAUGGUCUUAUAUUUUGAGGGAGUUGCAGUCCCGACUGCAGAUCUACAGCUUCCAGUAUUGUGGGCUCACAUGGCCACCUUGGUUGAAAUAUCAAGGGGUUAAGCUGGUUGCCGCCACUGUUUUUCCUUGGGCUGCCCUUGGCAGUGAAGACAAGGGAAGAGGAACGGUUCGGCAUCCUGCGCUGUCUCUGCUGUGACCAAGUAGGAAAGAGGUUUACAAAUGCUGGCACCCAGAACAAAAGACUUUUCAAAAAAUAAACUGAAUUCCAACAAGUAAUAAUAUGGGUGCUUUUGGAAACUGACAGAGGCAUACAGCACUUCUUUUGGGUAGGAGAUUCUUGGAAUGGCAGCCCCUAUUCCAUCCCACCAAAGAGAAGGGGUACCACUCCCGAAAUAGGUUGGCUGAAAUAACCUCUUCUGAAAUUUAGGGGAGCUCACCCUACACGCUCUAUCGAAGCUGAUGCUCUCCUUCCUGCUGAGAUCCAACCCAUUUCAAACAUUUUCUACGAAGUUCUAGAAACAGAAAGAUAUUUUUCAUUCUUUUUUUUACGCUUUUCUUUUCUAGUCCCAGGAAUAUUAAGAAAAGACUUGUUUCAGUUUUUGUCACAUUUAUUUUGAACAAUUUUUUUUAAAGGAAAGUCUUCAAAUCCUAAUAACUUGGUAGCAAUAGUCAAGGUGACUUUUUACUAACUUCUCUCUUGUUCUGAAUAAUUGAAGAGCAUAUAAAAGAAGCUCCGCUUUCAAUUCAGUCAUUGUAAAGCAUCAAAGUUAAGCGAUUUCUUUAGUACUUUUUGGCUUUUUUUCAUAUAAUGACUGUAACAUCGUGAUCAUCAGUUAAGGCAAGAUUUGGUCACAUUUGAUAGUAUUAACUCAUUUCUAUUUCUUAUCAUUCUAUUUAGAUCUAAGUUUUGUCCAUAUUUAGAUUUAUCUUUUUUUACAUUUCUAAAUGUUUGUCUUAUGCACAGACCAAAUCUGUAUCUCAGAAAGCUGUGAAAUAUAGUUGCCAUAGAGUAUUUUUUUUCAUCUACUUGCUCAAAACUUACUUAAUUGUAUUAGAUUGAGCAUUUCUUUGCACAGUAAAGAGUUGGUAAUAUGUUUUGAAAUGCUUAUUCUGAGUGGAAAGGUUACAUUAGGGGAAAUAUCAUCAAUGAGGAGUAGUCACUCUUUCAGCCCAUAGGACAAUAUACUUUCUCUUCUGACUUAAUGCCAUUUUGUGGGGAAAUUUCUAGUUCCAUUCAUAAAUUUUCACCACCAGAGGGGAAAUUAAUUCACUGGCUUAUGGUGACAGCAGUUAAGAUAUGACCGUAAGACAAAGAUCCUAAGAUCGUUGUGAUCGCUUUCGUAUUAUUAACCAAAUGUUCAAUUAUACAAAAUGCCUUCUUUUUAUUUCUAAAUAAGUUUUCCAGAUUGGGAAGAUGUCCAAAUUAUUAUAUCAAUCUAGUUGGUAACAUUUCUAGUAACAUUCCACACUUGAAGCCAGUUUGGCAUUUUUAAAACAAUAGAAGGCAUUUUCUGACCAUCUCUUGUUUGACGUGGUUAGGAAAAAGUAUUGUUUGAUGUCUGAAACAAUUUGUCUUACAUGAUUUGGAAAAAUGAACAAAAAUGGGUAGAACUACUGUCUCCAGGAAAACAAACAGUAGUGUCUUGAGAAAAAUCUGGUGGCUAUAUUUCUAUCUUUCUUUCUACUCCUCUGAUAGAAAGAGGUAUUGAGAUGAAUCACUAUUGAAAACUUGCACAGCUUCAAACAAAAUACCUCAACAUCAAAGAGAAACACUAUAUACAAAGAUUUUUUCUUCAACAUAGCCCUUUAAGAAUACUCUUGUGUCCUAUGUGUAUGUUGGGUUUUUUGCUCUACAACUGAUUUGACAACAUUGAUUUUUAUUCUAUGAGUAAAGGAAGCUGUAAACUUCUGUUACAUUUAUUUCCUUGGGAAAAAACAGAGAUGAUAGUACUCCUUUUUGUUCAGUGGAAUUAUUAGGUCUUAACCACCAUGAAUACUCUUAAACUUUUGAUUACUAAAAUAUUUACAGCCAUCCGUUUUGUCGUCAAUGUAGAGAAUCCUCAAAUAAUUGCUGAAUGAACUGAUAAAUUAUGUCUGCUAUAUGUGUUAGCAGAUACCUAUUUUUCUUCAAGAUUUCCAACCCUUAAUUUGUAUUAUUGGAUAGGGAAUUGAGAAAAAAAUACAUGAAUGACACAUUAGAAAUAAGUUAAGAGCUACUUCUAUUUCUGAUAAGCAUCUUUUAAGGAUGCCAAAUUGGUAUGUGUUUUAGCUUUAGAAUUGUUUUCCAUUCAUGUUGGUGCUAAUGCAUUUCUUUUUUCUUUAUGGACAAUGCAACUCUACUAUGGAUAAUUUCAUUUUUCUGUUUAAUAGCAUUCCUAAACUGUUAGUGUGUGAUUUUAUUUUUAAAGUUCAUGAAUUUGCUGUAAUAUGGUUCAAUGACCAGACUUUCUUAAUGUAAAAAAAAAAAAAACAAAACAAAAACAGUGUACCUAUAGA